AUGGAAGAAGGAUAUCAAGUUAGGAACGCUCGACUCACGACCUUUUGGGAGGAGAAGAGAGUCAUCUUGAUUUGCUUCUUCAUCGGCUUCGCUCAAUUUCAGUAUGGAUACGAUUCCGCUGCCGUGGCGGGUUUCCAGAGCAUGGCAGGCUUCUUGCGUAUCUUCGGAUAUCCUGAUCCCGAAAUCACGAUCGGUUACAACAUUACCACUAAAGUUCAGCGAUUGAUACAAAGCUUGAUGAACCUAGGUGGUCUAACUGCUUCCAUCGGAAUUUAUGCUCUCGGACCACGAGCCAGUCGUCGAGUAGGCUUAUGGAUUGCCUGUGCGAUUGGAGUCAUUGCCAUCUCGAUUCAAAUCGGCCCCACGACUCUUGGCGCCCUGUAUGCGGGAAGAUUCUUACUCGGAAUUUCAAACGGAUUCUUUAUGGUAUUCUGCGUCACAUACAUGAGCGAAAUUGCGCCUGCACAUCUGAGAGGAUCCGUCGUUGGCUUGGUCACUUUUCACACAUCAUUUGGAGCAUUGAUUGGUAUCCUGAUAGAGAACUACACCAGUACCUCCUUGGCACGGAAAUCCUACCAGAUCCCUUUGGCGAUUAUGUACGUGGUUCCGAUAUGCAUGGCAAUCAUCCUCCUCUUUUUACCAGAUACGCCUCGAUAUUACAUCUCCCGUGGGAAGCAUGAUUCGGCCGUUGCGUCCAUUCGCAAAACACGAGGCAUCAAUGACAUGGAUCGUAUCCUUGCAGAGGUCGCCGAUAUACAGAAUACUUGGGACCAGGAACAAGAGUUGCAUAAGGAUGCUCGAAUAAUGGACAUGUUCCGUGGCUGUGAUCUUCGUCGAACUUUGAUCACUUUCGGAUGUGCCGUGGGUCAGACAGCAACCGGCGUUACAUUCUUGGCUGGCUAUUCGGUUUACUUUUACGUGCAAGCACGUAUUGGCAGUCCUUUCGUGUGGGUUAUGGCUGGUCUCGCAAUUGCUCUCUCUGGCAACUUGGCAGCAUUCCCGGCUAUGAGAUUUUUUGGUCGACGACCCCUCCUCAUAGGGUGCUCUAUCUGGUCUUCGAUUAUGAUGUUUGGCAUGGCCAUCGUUUAUACCAAGGCCGCUAAUGGCUCUCCAAAUGCGGGAAAAGCACUAGUCGCCUUUUCCAUCAUUUUCACUUGGACCUAUGGUCUGGGACAAGGCCCAGUUUUAUGGGCCAUCACUUCAGAAAUACCUUCUCAACGACUGCGAUCCCAAACCGUGGGUAUCGCAAACGGAAUCAACUUUAUUUUUGGCUGGCUGGUCGCGUUUUGCACACCUUACUUCAUCAAUCCCACUUCCCUGAAUUGGGGACCAAAGUACGGGUACAUCUGGGGCGCAAGCAAUCUGAUUCUCGCUGUCUGGGUCUUUUUCUUUAUCCCCGAGACUAAGGGCAGGAGUUUGGAACAGCUAGACGAGCUUUUUGAGAAGCGAGUGCCGACUUGGAAGUUCGCUAGUUAUAAGACGGAGCAUCAUAUUGUGGAUGCAGACAAAGUUUUCGAAGAUCCGAGUGGAGGAGAGGCAAAAGUUUGCGAGAAAAGCUUUGUAGUUUAUGCACGUGCAGUUCAGUCAAGUCUGUCCUACCGACAGUUUCCCACUGUGAUGAUCACAAGCAUCCCAAACAUUGGGUGA